AGAAGUUUCACCACCUCUCAAUCAGGGUUCUUGUGGAGUGUUCAAUUAUUGAAACUUUUGAAAGUUACUCACUCCACCCACCUCUUUUUUCCCCCUUUUUUUCCCACACCCACUUGCUUUUUUUCUUUUUUGUUUGAAAACUCUUCUUCUUCUCUCUGAUGCUUAUUUUCUAGGGCUUGCUCUGUUUUUCCUCUUUCUUAAAUCCCAUGUCCCAAACCCAGAUGUAGCUUUUUUUUUUGCUUUGUUUUAAACUUCAUUCUUAAAAACGUUUUUGAUCUCGGGUUUGUGAAGAACUGCUCCAUUUCCCUGGAUUAGAUUCUGUUUUUCCCAUUUUUGACUUCUGUUCUCCUUUAUUUGAAGAGCAAUUUAUGUUGAUUUUCCCCCCUUUUUGUGUUUGAUAUUCUCAUUUCAAAGUUGGGUCUUCGUUUCUUGAGUACUGCAUUUCAUAAAAUGUUCAUUUGUGGAGAGAAAGAAGAGAUGUUAUUGAAAUCCUCAUCCCCUGUGGGAUCAAGCUCAGAUUCCUCUACUGGGCUCCCUCCAGCUCCGAUGUCGUCGGGUUCGCCCCUGCUCGCACUCGGGUCUAUUUGUACAGAUGUGAGUGUUGUUCCAGAGCAUACACAGACUGAGCUCCAUCAGUCAAUAUUGAAUCUAGAAGGCGAAAUCGAACAAUUGAGAUUGAAGCUGAGGCGUUCGGACGAAAAGCGGAGAGAAGCGUUGAAUAAGAUUCUAGACAUUAAAGGAAGCAUUCGCGUGUUCUGUCGAGUUCGCCCAUUCCUAUUGACAGAUCGGAGAAGGAUUUGUGACCCCAUUUCAUUGGAACGAGAAAAGGUCAUGGUUCGCUCGUUGGGAAGUAGAAAGGAGUUUGAAUUUGAUAAGGUUUUCUCCAAAGAAGCAUCCCAAGACGAAAUUUAUGUUGAGGUUGAACCAAUAAUCCAAUCCGCUCUCGAUGGUCGAAACGUAUGUAUAAUAGCUUAUGGUCAAACGGGCACGGGAAAGACAUAUACAAUGGAUGGCAGAAUGGAGCAGCCAGGGAUAGUCCCGCGUGCUCUCGAUAUGCUCUUUCGACAAACCUCGGUCGCGAAUUCGUGUACCAUAACAUUUUCCAUGAGUAUGUUGGAGGUUUACAUGGGCAGUCUAAGAGACCUUCUGGCCCCAAAGGCAGGCUCAAGAAUGUAUGAAAGAUGCAAUCUCAACAUUCAAACAGAUCAAAAGGGGUUUGUCGAGAUAGAGGGUCUCACGGAAGUGCCGAUUCCUGAUUUUGAAAAAGCAAGAUGGUUGUAUAAUAAGGGAAGGCGGAUUCGAUCUACUUCCUGGACUAAUGUGAAUGAAACGUCUAGCCGAUCGCACUGCUUAACAAAGGUCACCAUUUAUCGGUGCACGGAUGCUUCAAAAGCUAAAACCGAAGUAAGCAAACUAUGGAUGGUGGAUCUUGGAGGAAGCGAGAGGUUGUUGAAAACUGGGGCAUGCGGUCUGACGCUCGAUGAGGGAAGAGCAAUAAAUCUCUCGCUUUCGGCUUUGGGGGAUGUUAUUUCAGCUCUAAGGAGGAAGAGGGGUCAUGUACCUUACAGAAACAGCAAGCUAACUCAAAUACUCAAAGAUUCCCUAGGUGAUGGUUCAAAGGUGUUGAUGCUUGUGCAUUUAAGUCCGUGUGAAGAAGAUGUGGCGGAAACGAUAUGCUCGUUGAGUUUCGCGAAGCGAGCACGAGCGAUCGAGACAAGUAGAGAAUUACAGGAGGACUUGAAGAAGCAAAGAGAGAGAAGAAUUGCAGAGCUUGAUGAAACCAUGAAGGAAGCUCAAGAGGAAUGCCAGAAAGUCAAGAACCAAAUACAGAAGGCCGAGUUUCUACUAAGCGAAAACAAGAAACUAUUUUCUACUGAUCAUCAUCCAUGUAUCGAAACUCCAGAGACGAACGAUAUAGCACCCGAGGAAGAUCGAAAGGAAGUCAUAAUCACACCCAAGAAAUCUAAAGCUCCAAGUAAAACUAUCAUUUCAAGUUCUUUGCCUCGUUUCAUGACUUCGACAAUGGCGAGUCGCCAAAGACAAAGUGCUGCAGAAAACAAAGUGGUGAUGGGGAGAGCGAAAAGUUUGAGAUUCGGAACGAGAAGCUCUGUCCAAUUCUCAAGUUCCCAGUCCAUUAGUUACUCAGAUUUUCGUAUCAGAGCAAGUUUACAAAUUUCAAAUAAGAAAUCGCGGUAUGCAGAAUCCGACACCCUCUCAACAGAAAAUCCUAAAGUCAAUGGCCCAGAGUUGAAGAAAGAUCCAUUGCCAUUGCCAUUGCCACAAAGCAAACUGGUAACUUCAUCUGAUCCGAACUCGAGAGUUACGCUAUCUCGUCACCGGAGAAGGAUGUCCGAUCUAAUCUAACCGUUGAAGGAUAUGGAAAGAAACUUGUUGAUAUGUGAUUCUUGUUCAUUUUUCUUUUCCCCUGUUUCUGAUUGUGCUAAUUGGAGUUGUUUCUUUGGUGACUUGGUGUGUGAAAAUAGGGUUAGCAGAUUGGCUGUUGGCUGUUGGGGAUCUGUUGAUAUUUUUACAUGAUCCUGGUGUAUCUUGCUUUUUUUUUUAGGCUUGUUUGGUCUGGUUAACUUUUUGUUAACAUGAUAUUUGUAACUCAUACAAGGAUGAUAACUUUUAACUAUUUUUUCUUAUAUUUUUUUGUUGGGUUA